AUGAGUGUGUUUGCAGUGAGUAUUUUGAUUGGAGAAGGCAAAAACUAUAUGCAUCUGAUAUACAAUGAAGAUGUCAUGAUAUGCAUAGAUGCAUGCAGGUUUGAUGUGUUAAAGAAGGCACUGCGUGUUGAAUUCACUGAAAGUGUGUAUAGUGCACAGCAGAUCCUUGCAAUGGAGGAUUGCACGAAUGAACGACGACUUGUAUGUGUUUUAACUACUCAUAGACAUUCAGACCACAUAGGGGGGAUUGAUGAGCUGAAGAGUGAGAUGCCGAGCAUACGACUAAUUUCUGGAUUUGAAGACGAGAUUUGCGCACAUGGUGAUAUUUUAGAUAUUGAAGGAAUCGAGGUUGAGUGUAUUCAUACGCCAUGUCACACGUCUGACAGCUUCUGCUACUAUAUUGCACGAAAAUAUCUUGCUACUGGAGACACACUAUUUUUACUUGGAUGCGGCAAGUUUUUUGAAGGCACAGCUAGGCAAAUGAUAGAUGCAAUUGAAAAAAUAAAAGCCCGUGUAGAUCCUGAAGCAUUAAUGCUCUAUGGGCAUGACUACAAUGAGCAAAACAUUCGGUUUACAGAGAAUUUCUAUAUCGUUCCAAAAAGCAUCAAAAACAAGCGAUUUUUGAAGCUGCAGGAUGAGGCAGAAUACAAUUUGUUUUUCGAUCCAAGGCGUGCAUUUCUAUAUAAAAGUGUUAAUAUAGCAUGUGAUAAACAACUAAUAACAGGGAAAGAGCCUACAGAGUUUAUUUCUACAGAAGAUGCAAUGACGAAGCUUCGUGCCAGAAAGGAUUUAUUUAACAGACAAUAA